AUGAAGGCCCUCCCAGCAAAUCUCCAACGCUGGACACCCAAACAUAUCUCCGGUAUGACAGGUGUGGGAAAAUUCUUGGCCAUUUGGAACCGUUCGGCGAAGAGCUCCUGCCCCAGAUGCUCCUCCUGCCCCGUGGAAGAUCACCUCCAUGUCCCACGCUGUUCUGCUCCUACUGCAGCUGCAGAAUGGUCAAAACGCCAUCUGGCCUUCCGGACCUGGAUGCAGACUCAGCAGACUGCCCCAGAGAUCGAGGCCUUCCUCUUCGAAUACCUGAAGACAGUCCGUCAGCCUUCCUUGGGCGUCCUCACCUUCCGAGCCUGGUCCCGCCAUCCCCACCUCUUCCGAAGUGCCAUCUCUUCACAAGCCACGCUUGGGGCCCAGGGCCUCCUUGAAGGCCUAGUGUCCCCCAACUGGCGACACCUGCAGGCCCUUCACUUCUCCUACAUUGGCUCCAAGAAGUCCGCCAACCUUUGGGCCUCCCGCCUGAUCCAUGUGGAAAGACCGCAACCGGCUUGCCCACUCUGA